AUGAGCGUGACCAGUAUAGUCGAGGGAGUUGGAGAUGGGCUUAGAGAGCCACAAAACUCUCGCGAUGCUCGAGUCGAAAAGCUUUGGUCGAGCCUCGAGCCUGAUCAUACAGGAGAACUUGACCUCAAGGGUCUCCAGAAGGGGCUUCGAAGGAUUGAUCACCCCAUGAAGAACGCCGACGACAUGCUAAAACGAAUCAUGGAAGAGGUGGAUAGAAAUGGCGAUGGAAAGAUCCAAUAUAACGAGUUCCGAAAAUUCGUCGAGAAUGCAGAGCGCCAGCUCUUUGCCCUUUUCAGAUCAAUUGACAAAGACGGGAAUGGGAAACUGGACAAGCUUGAGCUCCAAACAGCUUUCAAGAGCGCCGGACUCACACUAUCGAACCGCCGCCUCAGUGAGUUCUUUGACGAUAUGGAUAUCAACAACGACGGCUAUGUCAGCUUUGACGAAUGGCGAAACUUCCUCCUAUUUAUGCCCCCCCACGAUCACGAUUCUCAGCUUCAUGCCGUACUUGACUUUUACUACUCGGUGGUCAGCGUAACCCCAGAGGGAGAUACGCUUGUGAGUGAGGAAACAUUAGAGGGCUUAGGUACGGACGGCUUUCGCUCUCUUUUCAUCACCCUUUUCGGCUCUCUUCUUCGAGUCGCUUUUCCCUUCGAAUACCCAAAGCCCAUUCCCGACCGGACAUCAACUUCCGCCAGUAAACCUAGCAUCUCAAACCCGAAUGAGUCCCCGAACAAGACCGAAAACAUGGCUACCGCCGCCGCGGUUACAUAUCCAGACUACGAUGACCCAGCUACCGAGAUAUCGCAGGAAGUCGAAUCGCUUACACAACACCUGGACGAUGGCACCCAUGAACACACCACUGGAACUUCAACAACAGUGCACAAGAAGUUUAGACUAACACAAUUUGUACCUGAUCCAGGCUACUUUCUAGCAGGUGCCAUUGCCGGGGGAGUGUCGCGUACGGCUACUGCGCCUCUCGAUCGGUUGAAGGUUUAUCUGCUUGUGAACACGACUAGUCGAGCCGAGACAGCGGGUGCGGCGCUUAUGCAGGGUCGCCCUAUCGCCGCUCUACAGAAUGCAGCAAAGCCAUUUACCGAUGCGUUUCGAGAUCUCGUUCGAUCAGGGGGUGCUCGAAGUCUAUUUGCAGGAAACGGGCUCAAUGUCGUAAAGAUUAUGCCGGAAACAGCCAUUAAAUUUGGUUCAUAUGAAGCUGCCAAACGCGCUCUUGCCAAUUUCGAGGGUCACGGAGAUCCCAAGAAGCUAAGCUCGUGGUCAAAAUUCGCCUCGGGUGGUCUUGCUGGCAUGAUUGCACAAGCUUCGGUUUAUCCUCUAGACACCCUCAAGUUCCGUCUGCAAUGUGAGACCGUUAAAGAUGGCCUUACGGGUGCAGCCCUUGUUCGUCAGACUGCCGUCAAGAUGUACGCAGAUGGUGGUCUGCGUGCUUGCUACCGCGGUCUUACUAUGGGACUUAUCGGAAUGUUUCCCUACAGCGCUAUCGACAUGGGAACCUUUGAAUUACUCAAAAAGUCCUACAAGUCUUACUAUGCCCGGAUAGAGAACGUGCACGAAGACGACAUCAAGCUGGGAAACAUUGCUACAGGAAUUAUAGGUGCUUCAUCUGGAGCCUUUGGAGCUAGCGUGGUCUACCCCUUAAACGUGGUACGAACGCGACUUCAGACACAGGGUACAGCCAUGCACCCGGCCACAUACACUGGUAUCUGGGACGUGACGAAAAAGACGAUCCAGCGAGAGGGUUACCGAGGCUUAUACAAGGGUCUGACACCCAACCUUCUCAAGGUCGCACCCGCCCUGAGUAUCACCUGGGUGAUGUACGAGAACUCCAAGAGAAUCCUUGGAUUGAGCUAG